UUGAUGCAGUUCAUUACCUUAAUUUGUAGUAAAUAUUGAGAUUUUUUAAUUGCAAGCAGAAGGGUUAAGUUUUUUUGUAGAAGAUAAAUGGAGGUUGGAACUCGUCCUUUUUCCGCUGGGAGUAGACAAGCUCCAGAUCCAUAUGAUCAGUUUCUUGAGCAAGAGGGGUUUUAUCGGAAACACACGGCAAGGGAUUCGACAUGUUUGUUCCGGGUGGUGUCAGAGCAAAUGUUCGAUAUUCAAUUAUACCACGAAAAAGUCAGAUCUGAUUGUAUAAACUUCAUGCGGAAAAAUCGUCAACUUUUUGAGCAGAAAAUCAAUGGUAAUUUUGAAGAAUAUUUGGAAGGAAUGAGCAAACAUCGUUCUUUUGGAUCAUUUCUGGAAUUGAAUGCCUUAGCACAUGCUUAUCAGAGAAAUGUUCUACUUUUUGAACCAUACAAUUGUGGAACAUGGUUUGUAAAGUGCGAAUCCUAUGAAACAAAAGAUUCUUUGAAAGUAUUCUUCUCACCAGACAAGCAUUUUGAUUCAAUUUUUUCAACCAAUUUUAUCGAGCAAGCUGCUUAUUGUCAAGCGGUUGUGUAUGGAAUUUUAUAUAUCAACGUAUUCAAACUACCGGAUGUGAUGUACUCUGUUGAACGGAUGUUGCAUGAUUCUGAUGGAAGAACAUUGAAAGUAGCUGAACGUGAAGAAAAAAAUUGUGAUAAUGAAAGUAUCGUUGUAUUGGACGGACGGCAGUUCUUAUUAAGCACAGCAGCUGAAACAGAAUGCGUAUUGGAUAAUUAUCGUUUGUGCCAUUUUCAUAACAAAGAAAAUUUUGCCGCAAUUGUAGACAUAUACCGAAAUAAAAAGAUUUGUAAUGAAUCCAAGGAUAUUCGCAGCAUUAAAAUUCAUCGUGGAAAAGGAUCUUUAAUCAAGGAAUUUACAUUAGUUAAUCCAAUGCUUUGUGAUAGAAAUAUGUCCUGUGUUCGACAGUUAUUACAAGAAGGAAUCACUCCAUUCCCCUACAAAGUAGCGAAAGCUUUAGAUCCCAGCAUUUACCGAAAUAUAGAAUUUGAUUCCUGGAGCGACACAAGAAGAGAGCUGAAAUACCAAAAUUGGUACUGUGGAGGAAACAACUUGCAGGUUGGUGUGAAAUGCAUGGUACGUCUCAACGAAUCGGAUGAUCAUCUUUUGAAUUGUUACAUUCAGGAUAUGAAACCUAACAAAGGGCCAUGCAUGGUGUACGUUGAGGAGAUCGCUGAAAUACGAACUGUUCCUCAUGAAAGAUUACAACCUUUAUCGCCAGAUCAAUGUCGUCGUUGGGAUUUACCGCAUCAACAACCCAAAUCUUCUAAUUUCCAGCAUGCGAAUAUUUACUCGAAAUUACAUAAAAAAAGAAAUCAUUCUAAGAUCUCUGACGUACAGAAAAUGAGUGAUGGAAAUCGCUAUUCGUCUGAACAAUUGUUUUGCUAUACGUUCAAUAAUGUUGCCACUAUAGAUGGAUCUCAUUCUACUCCGGUUGAAUUGGUGGUAAUGCCUUGUAUUGCUGAUGCUAACAAAAACAGGAAAGUAGAAAUGGAAUCAGCUCAAGUUAAUAAAAACGAUUUACAUUUGAAUAACAUUGAUACCGAAACUACCGAUUAUUCUUCUGUAUUCUAUGAUGUGAGCUGUACAUCAAGUAUCCCGUGUAACAGUCAAUCUAUGUGUUACUCAUAUUCAGAAUCAUUUCCAUGUGAUCCUGCUAUUUCACCAACAUUUUAUGCAGAGCAGUUGUCUAUGCGACCUUGCACAUUCACAGGUCCAGGACUUUUUCCAUACCCCAUUCAUGUACAAAAUUCAUCACUGAGACCAACAGGACCUACGCAAUUCAAUGCCAUGCCAGUCAGCAAAACUUUUGUUACCUUACCAAUGUUUCAAGCAACUCGAAGUGUUGUCCAUGAUGGAAGCGAUUUGCCAUUUUACGACUUAGUUACACUACGCUAUUUUUAUAAUAUGGGCGUUGAUCAUUUCCGUCACAAUCAGUUCUAUAUGAACUCAUGUGCUGUACGAGAUACUGAUACGAAAAAUAUUAAUACAUCCAUUGAAGAACCUUAUCAUAGUCGACAAACAAGAAGUGAUUUUGAGAACACUAAUAGUUUUCGUUCAACCGACGAUUCCAACGAAUGCAAUUAUCAGCAGAAAAAAAUCACUACUUUAUCUUCGAAAAUGGACAAUACUCAAGCAGGACGAAAAUUCUCAAGCCUCACGAAGAACACAAAAAGCAAGUUUGAUCUGAAAAUCGAUAAGUGUAAAGAAAAUCAUUUUGGAAAAGAUUUAUUAUCAAAUACGCCAACGAAUAUUGACCCGCAAAUGGAACAUGCAAAUUAUUACAUGCAGAAUAUUCCAUAUAGCUUACCUAUAUGCCCAUCACCUCAAGCAAGCACACCAUACUUUACCACCGAUGUGACCGGCUUUGGAUCGUAUGUUCACUCAUCAAAUACGUCCUACUUACCUGCACCAAUAAUAGUACAACCAUACGGGACACUAAUGGCUCAAUCUUGUCCUGUACAGUCUUCGGAUAUCUUGGUUAUUCACGACAAAGCGCCAUUGGACAAUACUCAUGGAUCCUCGAAUUCAUACAUAGGAAACAGUUACCCAACAACUUUGUAUCCUGCACCCUUUGCUGCAUCGGGAACCUUCAUGGCCUAUAUACAACAUCCAUCAAACAAUACGGUAGUUUAAAAUGUUGAUAUCAGUAACGAGACCGUUCCAGUCAACUUCUCGCUAUGAAGGAUGAACAUCAAUGAAGUUAAUGAAACAGUAAAAUAACGAAAUGCAGAUUCUUUCAUACGAUUUUUAAUCCAUUCUACUUGAAUUGAUAUUGUUGAAAACUAUUAUUCCUAUCAUCCACACUGUUAGUUAUGCUAUAGUUAGCAUAAAUCAAAAUAUUAUAAAAUAAACAUAAUAUUUGAUUAAUAAAAGCUUCAUCAAAUUUA